AUGGAUUUAGACAUGCAGCAACAUCAACAACAUAAUCGAACAGGCGCCACCGCCUUUUCGAACCACCUUAUGACAGUUUCAGCACUCGAUAUUGCUGCUGGCACAGGCAGUGCACUGAGCACAGGCACCGGUAGUGCUUUGUUGUUCGAUAAUUCAUCGUCACUUUUAUCAUCGUCCUCUGCAUCUUCCAUAAACACUAUCACUGCAGCCACCACAUUAUGCCCCCCGAUCACCACGCCAUCAUCGAGUAUUUUUUCAACUGCUCAACAUGAUAUCUACCGACUGCCAAACGUUACCACCACUUCACAGAUCAAUGACAAUUCCAGCAAUAUUGCCGGAAAACUACCGAAAAGUCAAGUGCUCCUUAUAAGGACAAAGCUAGCAGAGCAUCAGCCUUCUGAAGCACCAUCCAGAAUGGUUGAGAAUACUAAAGAUGAUUACGAUGUCGCUCCAACAGCGAACAGCACACAGCAGAAUUCAGGCGGCUCUCCUGAAGCAUGUCUGAUCAGCAAUCAGAAGCCUCGACGCCAACGUACUCACUUCACCAGUCAUCAGUUGACUGAACUGGAAAAUUGGUUCUCUCGCAAUCGGUAUCCGGAUAUGGCGACACGGGAGGAGAUUGCGCUGUGGAUAAGUCUGACGGAACCUCGUGUUCGGGUUUGGUUCAAAAAUCGACGUGCAAAAUGGCGCAAACGAGAGAGACACUUGAUAACACCCGAAUUCAAAACAUUCCAAUCGCCAACUUGCUUCUCUCAAGCGCUGCUUCCAACACAUCCACAGGUUACAGAUUUCUUUCUCGAAUAUUUUGGAGGAAAACAAAAACAAUUUCAGCUUGAUGACAUGUACGGUCCAUCCUCUUCAUGGCAAACUUAUCCUACACGUACUCCAACGUCCGCAUUUGGAUGGGCUCUGAAAUCACAGGCGCCUCUGCAACAUUCAUUUCCUCAGCUGAUGACACCAGCAUCAUCGAAUAACGCUGCAGCAAUUUCACGUUUCACAUCCGCGCCUACGGCGUUCUACGGUGGCACACAAACUAGCGUACUGCCGAAAGAUGACAAAUUCAAGAUCGACCCUCAUGCGUACUGCACUUCAUCACAGAUGCCAGCCAUUAAUCAGUCGCAAACUGGUUUCUCUCUACAAUCGUAUCCGUACAAUGGACCGUUGUGA